UGCUCCGGCUCCCUUCCCGGAGGACGUCCCUGGGCCUCCUGCAUCCCAAGGCGCCUCCCCAUGCCUCCAUUUUCCACACGGAGCCGGAGAGUUGGGCGGAGGGGGGGGGGGGGAAAUAAAUCCCCUUUUCCCUGCUCAGGGCUGAGCUUUUCCCUCCUGUGCCCUGGCGAGACCACGCGCAGCGGACACAGCUGCUUCCCACCACCGACCCAGCUCUGCAAGGAGCCGGCUGGCCCCCAACACCUCUCCCGGCCCCAUCAGGAUGGCCUCAGUGGACACCUUCCUGCGGCAGCCCUGGCGCCCGGUGCACGGCAUGCCCAUGGUCUGUGCCUUCGCCUGCAACUGGGAGCGGGUCGACACCUUCCAGAGCUGCCCCGAGGACAUCGUGGUGGCCUCUUUCCCCAAAUCUGGCACCACCUGGGUGAGCGAGAUUGUGGACGCAGUCCUGAAAGGCGGCGACCCUGAGAAGUGCAAGCAGGAUGCCAUCACCAACCGGGUGCCCAUGCUGGAGUUCACCGCCCCUGGGAUGCCAGCAGGCACGGAGCAUUUGGCGGCGAUGCCAUCCCCACGCAUCAUCAAGACCCAUAUCCCAGCCCACCUCCUGCCGAAGUCCUUCUGGGAAAACCGCUGCAAGGUGGUCUAUGUGGCCCGCAAUGCCAAGGACGUGGCUGUCUCCUUCUACCACUUUGACCUGAUGAACAUGCUGCACCCGCACCCCGGCACCUGGGAGGAGUACCUGGAGGAGUUCAUGGCAGGCAGAGUGGCCUAUGGCUCCUGGCACAACCAUGUGAAGGGCUACUGGGAGCGGAGGAAGGAGCACCCCAUCCUCUACCUCUUCUAUGAGGACAUGAAGGAGGACCCACAGCGGGAGAUUGGGAAGGUGGCACGGUUCCUGCAGCGGGAGCUGCCACCGGCAGCGCUGGAUGCCAUUGCCCGCCACACCUCCUUCGAGGCCAUGCGGGACAACCCCACCACCAACUACAGCAUGCUGCCCACCAGCAUCAUGGACCACCGCAUCUCCCCCUUCAUGCGCAGAGGCAUCGCUGGUGACUGGAAGAACUACUUCACCGUGGCCCAGAGCGAGCGCUUCGACAAGGAUUACGCCCAGAAGAUGGCAGGUACCGACCUGCGCUUUCGCACCGAGCUCUGAGGAUGGUGGCUGCCACAUGCCCCGCAGCCACUGCUAGACCUGGGGACUGACCCCCAACCCCGGGGGGCUGGAGCUGGGCCUGCUGGAGGGAAAUAAAAUAAAAUGUCUUUAUUAACAUC